UCACAUUCGUCUCGUAACAGUCAACCACAUGUGCGCUUCAGGAACACAUCGAGUUGACAGAAAAAAAAUUGCACGGUACGAUACAAUAGAAUAUCAUUUAAUAUAGUAUUGAAUACAAAUCGUAAAAUAAUCGCCGGAAAUCGGAUCGAUCGACGGGUGUCAUACAUACGUACAACCGACAUAACAUAAGUCGAUACGGUACUACGCGAUCGCGAGGCCGUCAACGAUAUGUCGCGGUCCGAUGUCGAGGAAGACUCGUGCCCCAGGGUCCGGUACUCGGCGAGCCCGUUGGACCUGAAACAAAGACCGGCCAACAACGACUCGCCGUCCAAGUCGAUGAAGACUUCGUUUUGCAUCGAAGCGCUGCUGGGCCACCGAGAAGUGGCACCGCCGCGCAAGACGUCGUUGACUACGUCGUCGGACUGCUCAUCGACUCCUUGCUCGAGCCGCAGCGCGUCGAUUUCACCCGGACCGGAACAGCGAUUGUUAUUCGGAUACGAGGGCAAGCACGUCGACGAGAACGAGACGAUUUCGACAAUGCGAUCGUUGGCCUACAGUUCCAACUAUAUGAAAUCGUCCGACUUCCCGAUUGCUUCAUCCGCCGCUGACUUGUUGACCAGAGACCAUCUACACAGGCGGAACGGUGGCUUCGGGUUCGUCCACGGGUCAUCGGCAUUCCAACCGUUACCCCGUAUAGAUACCACAAACACCAACAACAACAGCAACAACAACAACAACAAUUCUCCUGGAUCGACCCAAGCAACGGUCCCGGUAGCGGUGGCCGCGACCGCCAACCGUUCAAAUAUGUCUGCCGGUCAGUUGCAACAGAUGCAACUCGAAUGGUUCGCAAGAGCAGGCAUGUUUUACGCCGGCCCUAGAUUGCACGAUUUGACAGGUCCGCAUCCACAUGCUUUACUAGGAAAGACGAGAAGACCAAGAACUGCAUUUACUAGCCAACAACUUCUAGAGUUAGAAAAACAAUUCAGACAAAAUAAAUAUUUGUCUAGACCUAAAAGAUUCGAGGUGGCAACAAAUCUAAUGCUCACCGAAACUCAAGUGAAAAUUUGGUUCCAAAAUCGACGAAUGAAAUGGAAACGCAGUAAAAAAGCUCAACAAGAAGCAAAAAUAUCUUCGAGAGAUGAUACAAUACUGGAGAAACGAGGAUCUAUAAGUCGAACAUGUGGUACUGGGAGUAAUGAUUUACAAAACAACACUAAUAUCAGAUCUACGGACGACUCUCGCAUUAAAAUAGAUUGCCCGACAUCUUCCACGGCGACAACGAUUCAAACUCAAUCUCAUCACAACUCCACUGCUCAAUUAAACCAUAAUUAUCAUACAUUAAACAAUAUAAGAUCACACGAGCAAGAUGGAAACUGUGAGUCUCUAUAUAGACCGUAUGUAUCAUAACAAACGUAUCGAUAAAAUGUAUUUUAUAAGCUCCGAUCAAAUAAUAAAAAUUGAUCAACAUUGUAAUAUAGUAAUUUUUAAUUGAUUUUAUAAAUUCGAUAGAACGAUCAAAUUGAUGA